CCAGAAGGCUGACGUCUCCGUAGUCAUAUCGGCUGUAGGCUACUGCUCCGCGCAAUGUAAUGAAACUGUAAUAAUCAGUAUCUAAUAGAGUGAUGUAGGUUUACAAAAGACUCUUCACUCGGCUCACUUGUCACCUGAGGAAGGAGGAAGAGAAAGACUGCGGCUCAUGGCUCUAAUUGUAUUCGCUUUUAUAUUGGUGUUUACCGGGAAAUGGGACAAGUCUGUCCUUGCAGAGGCUCAGUCUUGUGUGGAUGAGAGCAGGUUUAAUGAGCAGGUGCUCUACGUGGGGCAGCAGGCGCCUCCAUAUCGGCUGAACUGCCCUCUGGAGCCCCAGAGCUCCCUGCGGCCCCAGCUGACCUGGCAGAAGGACUGUCAGCAGCUCCCUGCUCAGGUAGGGAAGGCCUACCUGGAGUUUGACAAACUCACCUUGCAAGAUCAAGGGAAUUACACCUGUAUGCAACAGAGCAACAGCACAGCCUCCUUCACUGUGCGUCUCAUAGUUAAAGAGUCUCAGUGCUCCGAAGCCCCCCAAUUUGAACCGAAUGGGGGCUCGAACGGACUCCGGAUGAAUGUGGAAUGCACUGUGACACUGAACUGCACUGCUCUCCUCCAAUGGGACCCAACAGAAAAGCACUGUGACAGCACGCUGCAGUGGAGUAAAGACGGCCAUCCACUCACCAAUCACACACAUUACACGCAGAAUACCUCCUCAUGGUCUCCUGUUGCCGGCCAGCUGAUGGUAAACAGCCUGCUGGUGAUCAACCUCACAGAGCUGGAUGCUUUGGGGCUCUACAGCUGCACAGUGAGGAACAUUUCCUCUGACUUCAGCCUGCCGUACUCAAACACUUUUGUGUGCUCAUACGGCCCCAACCACACAUCAGCUGUUAUUGCAGCCAUCAUUCUCCUCCUCCUCCUGGCUGUAGCUGCUGUUGUGUACUCCAGGUGUCACUUGAACAUCAAACUCUGGUACAGGAACGCCUACGGAGACUAUGAACUUAAUGAUGGCAAAAUAUAUGACGCCUACAUCUCUUAUGUGAACAAUGAGCAUGACAGGAAGUUUGUCAACUUUAUUCUCAAACCUCACCUGGAGAAUAAAAAUGCGCUCAAGGUGCACCUCAAUGACAACGAUAUUCUACCUGGCUCAGAACCUUCUGCAGAGCUGCUAAUGAACAUAAGCCGCUCUCACCGUUUGAUCGUGUUGCUCUCUCAUGCUUACCUUGAGCAGGACUGGUGCUCCAAUAACUUCAGACGGGGCCUUCUGCACUUGUUGGAGUUGUGUCAGCGGCCCAUCCUCAUCAUGUUGGAGGGUCAGUCUAAACGCAUGAGGCCUGAGAUCAAGCAGCUGCUCAGUGAGCACCAGCACUGCCUCACCAUACUCACCUGGAGGCACAACUCUAUGACUCCUUCCUCAGUCUUCUGGAAGGAGAUGGCCUUAGCGGUGCCUCACAGAGUCGUCUUCCGCAGUGAGUCUGCAGGCGACCCUCAGACUGUGCUGCAAGAUGACAAGGACCCCAUGCUGACCCUCGACUCAGACUACCUUGACUGCCGCUCAGACACGGACCCUGCUGGAGAUCUGGGGCUGCGCCUUCCUGUGUACAAGGCUCUGGCCUUUAAAGCUCCUGUCCUCCCUGCUGCUCCCGUCACUGCAGCUGAGCCCAAAUCCUCCGUCAUCGACGUGUCGGACCUGGGAUCACGCAACUAUGGAGCCCGCUCAGACUUUUACUACCUGGUCACUGAGGACAUGUGAUCCACACUCCCCUCACUGCUCCUGAUCUCUAUACACCUACAUGGAGAUUAGCAUUGCUUUAUAGUUAUCUAGUAAAUGUUUUUCUGUUUCCACUGACCAAAGACCCGAUUUUUAUUGUUUUUGUUUUUUUAUUUUGUUUUUGUUUAGAAAUUGUCUGAAAUAUUUGUGUUAAUCAGGGAAAGAAGUAACUUUUGAUUUGUCAUUUCACUGCCAACAUCUCUCAUAAAGUCCCCAGCAGAGGGCGGAGUGAUUCAGAUAAGAUGAAGGAAUUCUGCUUUUUAAUUUUAAAACUGAAAGUACACCUUGUAGGUUCAGGAAAAUAAAUGUAAGGGAAACAUAAAGUCAGAUUCGACCAGACCACUGGUAUCUUUUUGUAUACCAGUCAACUGAAGCAGGACAACGCUCAUGACUGAAGAACUCGUAGUUCUUGACAUUUCUCUGCAGGUAGACUUCUGUGUGUAAUGUAAACAGACUGUUAUCAUAGCAAUCACGCUAAUAAAGCAGUUUGACAAAAUACCCGGUCAUUUCUCUCUGUAGGGGCUGAUGAUCUUUGUCCUCACGUAAUAAUGAUUACUGUACCUGCAAUGAAAUAAGAGCCUAAAUAAGGGUGCAGCAGGGAACGG